UUCAUUCCUCUGGUGGACAGUUAUUCAAAGCACAGCGCGACUAUGGCACGUCGCUGGGAAGACUUGAUAAAGUCCAGCGAGCAACUUCAGGAUGAUCUGAGAAAGGCUCUCCAAGAACACGACCGCAAUGUGUCUUCCAAGACGUUUCCGAAAUCACUAUUUCCGCCAACCUCCAGGUUCUUGAGGCACUAA